CCCGCGUCCGCAAGCAUGUGAUUGUCUGGCCUGCGCUUGAGCUGCUGGCCCAUUUGCCGACCUUGGCCGUCGCGACUCGUUUCUUUGACACCAUUUCCCCAGACACAUCCUCUUCCGGCAAGACCUCUUUAAACAUUGUUAUCCCCCUCGUCCUUCUUCGUUUUCCUCUCCCCUGGUUCAUCUCUCCUGUCAUCCCACAGUCAAACGACGAAUACCCAUCCCACGAGUCUGCCGUAGAUAGCACCCACAUACUCCACAGCAUCGUACGACAGAGUAAUCAUCGGUCACAAUGUCCAAGACCUUCACCACUGGCGACGUUGCGUCGCAUAACAAGCCUGACGACUUGUUCAUCAUCGUCGACGGCGACGUCUACGACCUCACAAAGUUCCAGGAUGACCACCCUGGUGGCAAGAAGAUCCUCCAGCGCGUCGCCGGAAAGGACGCCUCCAAGCAGUUCUGGAAGUACCACAACGAGGGUAUCCUGAAGAAGUACAAGGCCAAGCUGCACGUCGGCUCCCUCGACUCCAAGCCCAAACCCGUCGAGGCCGCACCCGCUGCCGCCGCUCCCGUGCCCAAGAAGGCCGCCCCCAAGAAGGUCGUUGCCAGCAGCACCGAAGAGUCCGAGCCCAUGGAUCCCUUUGGUGAUUUGGUCCCCUACGCCGACCCCAACUGGUACCAGGCAUACCACACUCCCUACUACAACGAGACACACGCUGCCCUCCGCACCGAAAUCCGCGAAUGGGUCGAGACAAAUGUCGAGCCCUUCGUGGGUGAAUGGGACGAGAAGAAGGAGGUUGACCCCUCCAUCUACAAGCAGAUGGGUGAGCGCGGUUACCUUGCCGGUCUGCUCGGUGUCCACUACCCUACACAGUACACCAACAACACCGUUGCGUCGGUGGCUCCUGAGAACUGGGAUCUCUUCCAUGAGAUGCUUCUGACCGACGAGCUGUCUCGCGCAGCAUCAGGUGGCUUUGUCUGGAACGUCAUUGGUGGUUUCGGCAUUGGCUGCCCGCCCCUGGUCAAGUUUGGCCAGAAGGCUCUCGUUGACCGUAUCCUGCCCGGCAUUCUCAACGGUGACAAGCGCAUCUGCUUGGCCAUUACCGAGCCCGAUGCCGGCUCUGACGUUGCCAACUUGACUUGCGAGGCUAAGCUCAGCGAGGAUGGAAAGCACUUCAUCGUCAACGGCGAGAAGAAGUGGAUUACUAACGGUAUCUGGUGCGACUACUUCACCACCGCUGUCCGCACGGGUGGCGAGGGCAUGAACGGUGUCAGCUUGCUGCUUAUCGAGAGAGGGCCUGGUGUCACGACAAGGCGGAUGGACUGCCAGGGUGUCUGGUCCAGCGGUACCACCUACAUCACCUUUGAGGAUGUCAAGGUACCUGUUGAGAACUUGCUCGGCAAGAAGAACCAGGGCUUCAGAGUGAUCAUGACCAACUUCAACCACGAGCGUAUUGGUAUCAUCAUCCAGUGCCUGCGCUUCUCUCGUGUGUGCUACGAGGAGUCCGUCAAGUACGCCAACAAGCGUCGUACCUUUGGCAAGAAGCUCUACGAGCACCCCGUCAUUCGUCUCAAGCUUGCGCAUAUGGCCCGCCAGAUUGAGGCCUCAUACGCAUGGCUCGAGAACCUCAUCUUCCAGUGCCAGAAGAUGGGUGAGACCGAGGCCAUGCUCAAGCUUGGUGGUGCCAUUGCUGGCCUCAAGGCCCAGAGCACCGUCACCUUUGAGUUCUGCGCUCGUGAGGCGUCGCAGAUCUUCGGUGGUCUGUCGUACUCUCGCGGUGGCCAGGGCGGCAAGGUCGAGAGACUGUACCGCGACGUCCGCGCAUACGCCAUUCCCGGUGGCAGUGAGGAGAUUAUGCUCGACUUGAGCAUCCGGCAGAGCAUGCGUGUGCACAAGGCACUCGGCAUGAAGUUGUAAGCGGCAACGUCGGGAAGGGCAGUGGAUGAACAAGAAAGACUAUUACGUCAUGUAUGAAUAGAUUAGGUUGGACAUCUUCUCAUUUGUCGGGGCGUUUUGCAUGGAGGCAGAGCUCAGUCCAGGA